CCAAUGCAUGUCAUGCAGACGCAUCAUAAUCAAACCUCUCAGUUUUCUUACACGUAUACACACUUCAAGAGAACAUGUGAAAGCAUGCACCAUUACCAUGAAGCUUGGGACUUCUAUCUUCUGCCAAUAAUACAUGCUCACAAUCCAAGAACAACCACUACCGCUUUCCAACCCACAACUACACCAUUAAAUUUCACUUGUCUUCAUGUGUCUUUCUGUUAAUAAGAGCAACUAUUUGAGCUAAAGAACAACCCACCACCGCUUCCCUCACUAACUCCUUCACUUGUUCAAUCCCAAAAUGAGAGAAGCAUCAAUGAGGAUUUCAACCCUUGGCAUUGUGCUCUUGUGUUUUUAUUCUGCACUCCUUUGCCGUGGAAAUGAGAGCACCAUGAGAGUGCUUUUGGAGGUGAAAUCAUCGUUCACUCAAGACCCAGAAAAUGUUUUAAGUGAUUGGUCAGAGAACAACACCGAUUACUGUAGCUGGAGAGGAGUGUCAUGUGGAUCAAAGAAGCUCAAUGCUUUGGAUGAUGACGACGACUCGGUGCGAGUGGUGGGACUCAACCUUUCCGAUUCGUCACUCGGUGGGUCCAUUUCACCUUCACUCGGUCGUUUGCAAAACCUACUCCACCUUGAUCUCUCUUCUAACCACCUAGAGGGUCCUAUUCCAUCUGCCCUCUCCAACUUAACUUCGUUGGAAUCUCUCCUUCUCCACUCUAACCAACUCACCGGUCAUAUCCCCACCGAGUUAGACUCGCUAAUGCAACUCCGAGUAUUGCGAAUCGGUAACAACCAACUCAAUGGCCCGAUUCCCGAGACACUUGGGUAUAUGCCCAGCCUUGAGUACCUUGGUUUGGCCUCAUGCAGACUCAGCGGUCAGAUCCCGGCCCAGCUAGGUCGACUCAGUGAGUUGCAAUAUUUGACUCUGCAGGAAAACGAGUUGACUGGGUCGAUUCCGUACGAAGUGGGGUACUGCUGGAGCCUUGAAGUCUUCAGCGCCGCUGGGAACAGACUCAAUGGCUCGGUUCCGAGUGAACUGAGUCUACUAAGGAAACUUCAAAUUCUGAACCUCGCAAACAACAGCUUAACCGGGUCAAUUCCGAGUCAACUCGGGCAGCUGAGUCAGCUUACAUAUCUGAAUUUAAUGGGUAACGAACUCGAGGGUCGUAUUCCACCGUCUCUGGCUCAAUUGGGUAAACUUCAAAAUCUUGACUUGUCAAAUAAUACGCUCACUGGGGAAAUUCCAAAGGAGUUAGGGAACAUGGGUCAGUUACAAUAUUUGGUUCUCUCUGGGAACAAACUCCAUGGAACCAUUCCAAGAACCAUAUGUUCCAAUGCAACAAGUUUGGAGAACUUGCUGAUGUCAGAUUGUGGACUACAUGGUGAGAUACCAGCUGAGUUGGGUCAGUGCCAAUCCCUGAAACAACUUGAUUUAUCAGGCAAUGAUCUCAAUGGGUCAAUACCUAUUGAGGUUUAUGGGUUGAUGGGGCUAACUGAUCUCUUGCUUCACAACAACACUUUGGAUGGUUCAAUCUCUCCCUUCAUAGGAAACCUCACUAACAUGCAGAUUCUUGCAUUGUUUCAUAACAACUUGCGGGGUAAUCUGCCGAGAGAGAUUGGGAGGCUUGGGAAAUUGGAGAUAAUGUAUCUUUAUGAUAAUCAGUUAUCAGGGAAGAUUCCUUUCGAGAUUGGUAACUGUUCAAGCUUGGAAAUGGUUGAUUUUUUUGGAAACCAUUUCAGUGGUGAAAUUCCCUUCACUAUAGGGAGGCUGAAAGAGUUGAACUUUUUGCACCUUAGGCAGAAUGAGCUUGUGGGUGUGAUUCCCCCCACACUUGGGAACUGUCAUAAACUGACUGUGCUGGAUUUGGCAGAUAAUCGGCUCUCAGGUGGCAUUCCUGCAACAUUCGGAUUCCUCAGAGAGUUGAAGCUGUUCAUGCUCUACAACAAUUCUCUUGAAGGUAGUCUUCCUCACCAACUUAUAAAUGUAGCAAACCUGACCAGAGUGAAUCUUUCAAAUAACAGACUGAAUGGUAGUUUGGUUCCAUUAUGUAGCUCUAGUUCCUUUCUUUCUUUUGAUGUCACAGAUAAUGAAUUUGACGGUGAAAUACCCUUUGUCCUGGGAAAUUCACCUUCCCUUGACAGGCUGAGAUUAGGUAACAACAAGUUUUCUGGUGAAAUUCCAAGGACAUUGGGAAAAAUCACCGCAUUGUCAUUGUUAGACGUCUCAGGAAAUUCACUCACAGGUGGAAUACCAGACGAGCUUUCUUUGUGUAAUAACCUGACACACGUUGAUUUAAACAACAAUCUUCUAACUGGACACAUACCACCAUGGCUUGGAAGUUUGUCUCAAUUGGGAGAGGUUAAGCUCUCCUUCAAUCAAUUUUCUGGGUCUAUUCCACUAGGCCUACUCAAACAGCCCAAUUUGAUUGUUCUUUCCUUGAAUAACAAUUCUCUCAAUGGAAGUCUCCCAGGUGAUAUUGGUGAUCUUGUAUCUCUUAACACCCUCAGGCUGGACCAUAAUAACUUCUCUGGACCAAUCCCUCAAGAAAUAGGAAAAUUGAGCAAUCUUUAUGAGCUGCAGCUAUCUAGGAAUGCCUUUAGUGGGGAAAUACCAAUUGAGAUUGGAAGUCUCAAAAAUAUCCAAAGCAUUUUGGACUUAAGUUACAAUAAUCUCUCUGGUCAUAUCCCAUCUUCACUUAGCAUGCUGUCAAAAUUGGAAGUACUUAAUCUUUCUCACAAUGCACUCACUGGAGAAGUGCCUUCAGCAGUUGGUGAAUUGACUAGCCUGCAGAAGCUUGACAUCUCUUACAAUAACCUUCAAGGAGCAUUGGAUAAGCAAUUCUCCCGCUGGCCUCGAGAGUCAUUUGAAGGGAACCUUCAUCUUUGUGGAGCCUCUCUUGAAAGAUGCAAAAGUGGUGAUGGUUCCGGCAAUAAACGAUCAGUCUUCAGCAGCACAUCAGUGGUUAUUGUCUCUACACUUUCAGCUUUAGCUGCAAUUGCUUUACUUACACUUGUAGUGAUCGUCUUCUUUAAAACCAAGCAAGAAUUUUUCAGGAGAGGCAGUGAAGUGAGUUUUGUUUUCUCCUCUUCAUCACGAGCACAUAAACGAUCGUUGAUCCCUCUAAACGUGCCUGCAAAGAGGGAUUUCAGGUGGCACGAUAUCAUGGGUUCCACAAACAAUCUAAGCGACGAGUUCGUAGUUGGUUGUGGAGGUUCCGGGACAGUGUACAGAGUCGAAUUGCCCUCUGGAGAGAUCGUGGCUGUGAAGAAGAUUUCAGGAAAAGAUGAUUAUCUGUUGAACAAAAGCUUUAUAAGAGAAAUCAAAACUUUGGGGAGGGUCAAACAUAGGCAUCUGGUAAAACUGAUGGGUUGUUGUAGCAACAGAAUCAAAGGAACAGGUUGGAACCUAUUGAUAUAUGAGUAUAUGGAGAAUGGGAGUGUUUGGGAUUGGUUACAUGGGGUGCCUCUCAAAGCAAAGAGGAUCCUUGAUUGGGACACAAGGUUCAAAAUUGCAAUGGGAUUAGCUCACGGAGUGGAGUACCUCCAUCAUGAUUGUGUGCCAAAGAUCAUUCACAGGGACAUCAAAUCCAGCAACAUAUUACUAGAUUCCGACAUGGAGGCACACCUGGGAGACUUUGGACUGGAAAAAUCACUCGUUGAGAAUCCAGAAUCUAAUGCAUUGUCUAAUUCUUGCUUUGCUGGAUCUUAUGGAUACAUAGCCCCAGAGUAUGCAUACUCACUAAAGGGCACAGAGAAAACUGAUGUGUACAGCAUGGGAGUGGUGUUUAUGGAACUUGUUACUGGAAAAGUGCCAACAGAUGCAGCUUUCGGAGCAGAGAUGGACAUGGUGAGAUGGGUGAAGAUGCAGCUUGAGAAGGAAGGCAUUGCGGUUGAAGCAGUGAUAGAUCCUCAGCUGAAACCCCUUUUGCCUUGUGAAGAGUUUGCUGCAUUGCAGGUGCUCGAGAUAGCCAUACACUGCACAAAAACUGCACCACAAGAGAGGCCAACAUCAAGGCAAGUAUGCAAUCAUCUCCUUCACGUAUCCAACAACAAAAUUGUGGAUUUUGAGAAGAAAAAUCUGGAUCGUAACUGGUGAUUUUCUUUCC